UCGUAUUUAAACUUUCAACGUUACCAAUUACCAACCAAAAACCCCCAAAUUCACACCAAGCCUAAACCCUAGAUCCUACCAUACCAUUCCUGAUGGACGAAUCAGGCGAGAGAGACGGGGUUGCUGCCGCGACGGUGAUCCAGACUCCACGGAGGAACGUCCGUCGUAAGCUGGUCCAGUCGACGUUGCUCCCGCGUAAAUCGGAGGAUGUAAUUGAGUCGAAUGGAGAUCUGUGGUCAAGCGACGGCGAAGGAGGAGGAGGAGAUGGUGAUUUCUGUAGCAGUCAAAGGAAGAAGACGAGAAAACAGAGAACGACGACACCGAAGAAGAAGAACGGAGCUCCCAAGAAGAUGGCUAAAGGAAAGUCAACGCCUAAGCACAACUCAAAUAAGAAUGGGAUCAUAGCUGCUGAUGAUCAACAACAACCACAUGCCUCCUCACCUUUACUUCCUAAUUUGCGUCUGGAAGCAAAACUAAGAGCCGAGGAAGAUUCGCGGAUGUCUGCUGGCAAGCAAUUGCAUCCCUUUUUCUCAUCUCGGAAAGGAGGGAAAAAGAGUCAAGAGAAUGGUACUUGUCAGGAUCAAGUAAAGGAUCAAAUUGGACCUAUCCAUGUUUUUGAGAGGUUUCAGGAUGAUGGUAAUCGGAACAUUGAUUGGAAGAACUGGACUUUCAUUGACCAUACGUCCACCACCACUUGGAAUCCUCGACAACAAAUUAAAUUUGAUCUAGUGAAUGAGCUUCCGACUCUUUCACAUCCUGACGUGUGCAUCAUCGAUGAUGUAGAUACUCAAUCAGAAGGUAUGGCAGAGGCAUCUCCGGUAGGCUCCUUAGAUGGAGCUCAAGUGGUGGGUUGUGAAGCAGUUAACUUGUCUAAUCAUCAUGCUGAGGCUACGGCAGACGUUUCUCAUGAACUGCAAAGUGGCCAGCCUCGUAGUAGCUUGUGGGUAAAUAAGUACCAGCCAAGAAGUGCCUCGGAGGUAUGUGGUAAUACCGAAGCUGUAAAACUAAUGAAUGAAUGGCUGUGCCAAUGGCGUGAGCGAGGCUUUCAGGCAAGCCAAGACUUUUUGAGUAGUGAUGCAGAGCAAUCGCAAGACUCCGACUACAGUUGUUCUGAAAGUGAUUCUGACUCGGAAAAUACUGGUGCUGAAGACCGCCUGAGAAAUGUUCUCUUAAUCGUUGGUCCAGUUGGGAGUGGGAAAUCUGCAGCUGUUUAUGCAUGUGCUAAAGAGCAAGGAUUUAAAAUCCUUGAGUCUAAUGCAUCAGAAUGCCGAAGCGGAACAGUUGUUAAGCAGAAAUUUGGGGAGGCUCUCGAGUCAAAUAGCCUAUCAAGGUCAUUGGAACCUCUUUUCAAUUCCUGUACUGAUGGCAAUGGGGUAGAGGAUGUGAUUGAAGUAACACCUGUAUCACAUAUCCAGAAUGACAAAGCCAACUUGAAGCCUUUAAUUCUUUUUGAGGAUGUAGAUAUUUCCUUUGCUGAAGAUCGUGGUCUCGUGUGUGCUAUCCAGGAGAUUGCUAAGAAAGCGAAAGGGCCUGUGAUAUUGACUGCAAAUGACAAGAAUCAUGGUUUGCCAGAGAACUUGAAGAGGAUAGAUAUAUGCUUUUCUUUGCCAUCAACAGAAGAGCUGUUUAGCCACCUUUCUUCGAUUUGUGCAGCAGAGGAUGUUAAAGUUAAUCCUGAUUCACUAGAGCAAUUGACCAUCACUAGUGGUGGUGAUAUACGGAAAGCGAUUAUGCAAUUACAAUUUUGGGUUCAGAGUAAAUCCCAAAGAGUUAGAAAGGCCAAGAACACUAGUGAUCCAGAUCGAUUUGAUCAUGAAGCUGGUCACGUGCUGCUUCCCAAGAUAAUUACGCAGGAUUUUCCUUCUCAACUAUCACAGUUUGUGGAGAAUGAGAUUGCUAAAUCAUUAUCCAUGGCGGAGAAAAGUCACGACACAGUUGAAGUAUUUGUUGAGGAGGUUGAAAACGAGAUAAUGCUUAAUAGAUUAUGGAGGCGGGGCACUGAAAAGAAUACCAUAGCAGCCAAGAAAGCAGCCAUGUUAAGGCAGAACACUUGUUUUGAGGAUUAUGAUGAGUUAGAUGACUUCUUAAGUGUUCCAUCUGGGCUUACCGACACUUCCUACCAGCCACUGUCUCUCUCUCGGCCAAACAGAAGGAGGAAGGCCAAUGUUGUGAUGUCCUCUGAUUCGGAAGAUGAACCUCUGAGUGACAUACAGGUUUCGGUUUCGAGACACGAGACAUCAAAAGUCUCUUGCAUUAAUGGGAUGCCACAGUCAGUUGAUGUAUCAUGUGUACCGGAAUCUUCAUAUGUUCCAGAAACUUUAAUGGAUGGGGAAGCUGAGCUGUCACCAAGAGCAGUAUCCUGUGGUCAUUUUGAUGGAGGAGUUGAAGCGUCCAUGAGUGAAGACGAUGAACAGAACUCCCCAUCAACAGAGAUACACAUAGACAGUUCACAGAGUUUUAAUUCCUUAAUGAAUACUUGCGAGAUCAUUGCACAAUCUUUUGAUGGGACAAUGAUGGAAGAUUGUUUUAAGGAUUAUGUAGAGAGUUCCCAGAAGAUGCAACAGGCAACAACAACAGAUGAAUGCAGCCGUAUAGAUUUUGGUAUGACAAUCAAGGCCGCUCAGAAAACGAAGCUUGAUACCUCGAGAGAUACCGUGCAAGAAUCAUGGAGAAAACUCUGUACGAGGCAUGCUGAUCUGAAGCCAUACUUGGAUUCAGAACCUGUAGAAGCUCCACAACUUCUUGACAUCACUCAUCAGAUAACCAAUCUAAUCUCAGAAGCUGACCUGACGCACUCUAGAUGCAUGAACUUUGUUGCGAUGGAGCCAAUGAUGAACACUUCUGGAGAUCUUGAUACGUCUGAGCUAGCUAAUGUGCUUGAACAGAUGACUUCCACUGUGGCGCAGAAAGGAUUUAACUUCUUCACAAACCAAAUUGCUACAACAGGAUCCGUCCCUAUUUCAUCAGCCAUAAUGCAGGAUUACACAUUGAGCAGUGGAGGCUUCUUGGAUAUGAAACCAGAAACACAUAUUAACGUACAAAAAUGUGAGCGAAUGGUAGAGCUUUCCGGUAUAUUAGAGACAGUAGUCCCUCCAAUAUCAUUGAAAGGAAGAGCUUUCCAUGAAUAUGCUUCAUUCAUAGGACAGAUAUCAAGAGCUGCUCCCUCUAAUGUGUCAGGAGCCAUGGAGAAAACCAGACGGCGAAGGUCCAGAGAAGCUCAACAUUAUCUGUCAAUGGAUCUAUGCUCUGAAGAUAUUGCAUUCUUGGGUCAUCACAGUAAAUAUAGAAGAGAUGAAUAAACCACCCAGUUUCAGUUUGUAUAGAAAUUAGAAACAAUCCAUACUUAAUGAGUUUUAAACAUGUUUGCUCAGCACUAACUUGGCAGAGUUUAGAGAUCAACCUCUUGAGCCUUGCUUUAGGCAUGACCAUACUGCAUAGUUACUUCAUUUUACAUAUAGAA